AUGAUUGGUUAUGGGGAUGUCAACUUUUCUCAGGAGCUGGGCGGCAAGAAGAACCUUACUGGUGCCGGCGAUUCGCCUAUAAUUCUCCAGUCAAAAGUACAGAAUAUCUUUAGAUGGAGCACCACAUUCCAGGAAGAAGAAUGCUCCUGGUUCAAUGCAUACUCCUUGACUGAUAUACAUGCACGACAAGACCUACAAAUCGACGGCCUGAGAGAGUCUAUUUCGCACGUUUUAGAUUUACUGGAAAAUGAGAUCAGACUACUCGGCGGACAAUCGAACCGUGUUUACCUUGGAGGAAUCAGCCAAGGAAUGGCAAUGGCUUUGUGGGCAUUGUUUUGUGCUACGCAUCAGGUACACAGUCAGCUUGGGGGUUUUGUGGGUUUCUGUGGCUGGUUUCCAUUCGCCCAGCAGGUGGAAGAGUUGGAGACAGCCAACAGUUCCAGUACGUCUGGUGAGAAAACUGAGAUCCAGCAGUGUCAGUUGUUGGAUUUUUUCCACGAUACAAUCGCCUAUCCCAAAACCUCGCCAGCGGAUGUGGUGAACAAUGCAUCAAUUCUGUCGACACCUGUGUUUCUGAGCCACGGAACGGAUGAUCCGUGGGUCUCUGUAGAACUGGGUCGACAGGCAUUUCGCGUCGUGCGGCAGAUUAUGGACCAUGUUGAGUGGAGCGAGUUCAUGGGAGCGGAGGGAGACAGUCACUGGAUCAAGGAGCCGGAGGGAUUUGAUUGUGUUUUGCAGUUUUUUGAGAAAUGCACCCAAAGUUAA